CUCCAGAACUGCCAAAAUAUUUACCUUUCUUCAUGGCAAUUAAAAAUGGCAUAAAAGUAAAUGGAAAGCACGAAUAAGUAGUCAGUAAAUAUUGUGGCUAAUAGACAUCACGUACAGUUCUCUGCCACAUUAAAAAUUCUAAUUUUUAUCAAUGAAAGUUUUUGUUCUAUUUUUUGUACUUCUCUCCAUCUGUUGUGGAUUGAAUGCACGUUGUGUGAGCAGACAUGCGUCAAGUGAUGAUUGUCCUUUAAGAAUCUUUACUCAACCAGAACCAAAGCCAGUUCGCUAUAUCUACAGUCCAUCACCAUCUUGUCAACAUGAGGAACCAUGUGACUGUCCAAAAUAUCACGAUUUGGUCGUUCAAAAGCCGCAACCUGACGAACAACCAGUCAUGACUGCUGUAAGCUAUGAAUAUAAAAUCAACAAGCCAGAAUUCAAAGCUGAAGCUGAAAAGGACGUUAAUAGAUAUUUGUUUGAUGUUCGAGUAGAAAAACCAGUUCAGCCAGAACAAGAAGCACCAUCUGAAACCUACGAUUAUAAACUCCAACAUGUUCAACAAGCUCCAAAUCAACAAGCCAACUCCAUCCGUUACCUUUUCGACACUCGUGUUGAGCAACCAGUCAAGCCUUGCGACGAGAAGCCAUGGCAAGGAUUAGUCACACAUAUUGAUGCAGUCAUGAUGCCAAAGCCAUGCAGCAAUCCAAGUCAUCGACCAGGAAACUGCAAUUGUGGAUGUCGCAAUCCAAGUCACACCCCAAACACAUGUGACUGCAUGAGAAAUUUGUUUGAACUUCCAAUGUCUUUAAGUCCUGUCCAAACAAGUCACAAACGAAUAAAACGUGAUACAAAAAAUAAAAAUAAAAAGUUAUCAUUCAAGUCUGGUAUCAAGUUACCAAAAUUAAAGCCGUUAAGAUUUGAUUCCAAGUCAUUAAAGAAAAUUGACCCAAAAGAAUUGGCUUUGGUUUUCAGAGCUGACAAAAUUAGACCAACAAAACAGUCAGUAAAGUUGAGUAAGCAAUCAGCAAAAGAGCAAUUCCUUAGAUUAAAGAGAAAAGAAAAGUCUCCAUGUGGCUAUGAAUUUGAGUCAUGUGAUUUAAAGAGAAGAACUCCAGCUGGAUGUCCAUUGUGCUAUAAAUGUCAUUGUGAGCCUGCUGAUGGUUCAGAAAAUCAAAGGUUCUCGCCAAAAGACAUAAGAAUUCCUUAUCAAAUGGCAUCACAUGAUCAAAUAUUUAGUCCGGCGACGCAACAGGAAUUUGAUGAAGAACCUCCGUCUUAUACUGGACUCAAGAAACCUGAUAUGUAUAAACAGUACAUUGAGCAAGUCAUCUCAAAAUAUCCAGAGCACAUGUCAAGAAAAAUGCCUGAUUUGAUGAACCAACAGCGUGACUUGAUGGAUUUUAUUAAUGAUCUUGCCAAAAAUGAUAAGUCACCACAGCCUGGAAAGAAUGAUGAUAUUAGGUAUCAAGUUAUUGAUGAUGCAUUGGAACUGUAUAAAUUGUAUCAAAAUGCUAUUGGAACGAAUCCAAUGCGAUUUGGAAAUGGACGAUUAUUUAACAAAAGAGGAACAGUUUUGGAAGUCAUUGAAGUUGAUCCGGAUGAUUUGAAAACUGGAAAGAUUAAGCUUCCUGAAAAUAUUGAUAGCUAUUAA